AUGUUCAGCAGUGGACUUGUGAAGGGCUGUAAUGAUGAUGAUGCCCCUAAAGAAGAACUGUGUGUCGACGAAAGUAUGAUUCCUUUUAGAGGUCGAGUCACUUUUCGACAAUAUAACAAAUCUAAAAGGCACAAAUACGGUAUAAAAUUGUUUAAAGUUUGUACACAUCCUGGUUAUACUUUAAAAAUACAGGUAUACAGUGGAAAAAAUAUUGAUAUUGAGAAUAAUACCCCUACAAAAAUAGUAUUAUCCCUGUGCGAUGAACUCUUGAAUAAAGGCCACACCAUUGCCACUGAUAACUGGUACACCAGCUUGGAACUGGCGUACGAAUUACUAAAAAACGAUACACAUUUCCUGGGGACAGUGAGAAAGAACAGAAAGUACUUGCCUAGGAAAGUAGUAGAAACUAAUUUAAAACGAGGUGAAUUCGUAGCACAAGAAAACGAUUGUGGCAUCACAGUAUUAAAAUGGAAAGAUAAAAGAGAUGUUUUAAUGCUGUCUACAAAGCACACGGACAAAUUUACUCGAUUAAAUGUCAGAGGCAAGGCGGUGCAAAAACCAGCAAUGGUUAUUGAUUACAACAAAUGUAAAGCUUCAGUCGACAUGAGUGAUCAGAUGACAGCUUAUUCAACUCCACUGAGAAAAACUGUCAAAUGGUAUAGAAAAUUGGCCAUAGAAUUGCUCUUGAAUACAGCUGUGGUAAAUGCGUUGAUAAUGCACCAGUAUUUUUUUCCAGCUAUUCGCAUUUCUCCUUUCGACUUCUUUGUUUAUAUUAUCUUCUGGAGACAUCAUUUGACAGAGAUAUAUGUAUACAUUAGCUUUAGAGAUUUGAGUCUUUUCCACUGUUAG